ACGCACGCACGUCAACGUCAGGUGGCAUAUACUAGACCAAAAGCUUCAGUCUCUGUAUUUUGGUUGUUCCGCUGAACUGCGUGGGCUCACUCACCAAUACAUGUGAAUGGGGAUUAUAGUAAAAUGUCAGAAAUUGUUGAAUAAAUCCCCAGAAACGACGGUUAUUCCUGUCUAGUGGCAUACCAGAACAGAAACUGAAACUUUUCCGAAGCACCAGUGCCUAGUCUCAACUGUCUGCCUGUUAUAAAUGAAGAAACCCUGGUGUCAGAUUCAAGGUCCAAGGAUAACCCGGUUCACCAACACUAUUUGCUAGCAAUGGGCAUACACGGCAGGGACGAGUGCAAUUAAUUUUGGGAUUAUCGUAUUGUAGGGGGCUGAAAUCUACAUGUACCCCAAAAAGAUGGAGUUCGUCCCGAAACGUAAAUCAGUCCAGUAUGUACAUGCUUCUGUUGUUUGCGAUCUGUGUGAAAAACUUCCUUCUAGACAUUACUGUGAUCAUCCUGACUGCAAGAAAUAUAUAUGUAAUGAUUGCAUUUGUAUUCACAACAAGCUAAUGAAAAACCACAGCAAAUUUCUACAGCAUGUUGUGGUAAGUAAGUUAAAGAUCAAUUGUUCGAAGCCUGAACACUCAGACAUCCCUGCCUGUCACUUAUGUGUACCUAGCAAGGACCCACUUUGUGACGUGUGCUGUGAUGAACAUUGUGAUCAAAUUCAUGAUUUCACGGAGAUCCAGAGUGCUUUAGCAAAAAUGAAGAUUGAGAUGAGUAUCGGUUUGGAUAAACUCAAAGGUCAGGUCCAACAGUGUCACGAAUCAAUUGCUAGCGGUGAUGAACUUAAAGCAAAAAUCACUGAAAUAUGUGCAAGCUUUAGGGAUGACCUGCAAACAAAAUUUCAAAAGAUUUUCCAGCUAUUAAAGGAGCAGGAAGAUGGAAUACUGCAAACACUUGAAGAAGAUAAGCAACAGAUGCUUAAAGAUGUACAGAUGGUCAUGAAACCUGUUCUGGACCAAACAGAUGCAUCCAUAGCAGUCAUCGCUGAAGCACAAGGUAUCAUUGAUAGCCCAUCCGGCAGAGUAAUCUUAUCAGAAAAGGAUCUUGUCAUUCAGAACACGAUGCAGGAAACAAAGCAGACAAGUGAUGUGCUCCGAUUCAAUCAUGUAGGCCUAGACUCUCUAAAGAGUCAAAUAUCAAGAAUCAAGAUAGUCCCGGAAGAGACUACAUAUGAUAUUGGUCAGGUAAAGCAGGAGUGGAAGCAGUUGCCUCAUAUUCCUUUGACUGCAGCUCAAAGCUCUUACAUAGCCCCUCAUUGUGAUGGUGGCCAUGUUUUGGGAGCAUCGUACCUUGUCUCUCAGCCCCGGACAUCUGCAGAAACUCCUGUUGCACCUCAGGAGCAGGAUCAUUAUUAUACCACGCUUUCCAUCUUCACUUACGAAGGAAAGCUCUCCUUUUGGGCUGAUAUUGGAAAGCCCCUUGGAAAUGAAAGGAUAAGGGGAAUCGCUGUUUUUCCUACCGGUAAUGUUGCUGUUCUGGGAAAGAGUAUCCAGAUCUAUGGACCAGACUUCAAGCCCCUCUCUGACAUUCAGCAACAUCCUGGUCAUGAAUGGCAUUCCAUUGCUGUGGCACCAUCUGGCAAACUGCUUGUUGGCGAUUGCACCAAUGGCCGUAUUGACAUUCUGACCUUAGGAGUUAAAGAGGUUACAUGUAAGUCUAUUUCAUGUGCUGAGGUCAAGCCUCGGCAGCUAUAUGCUCUUCCUGCUGAUAAGUAUGUCAUUGUACAACCAGGACACGAAGAUACAGAACCCAUUGUCAAGGUUAUCAAUUCUGAUGGCCAUGUUGAAACAUCAGUGUCAGAUAAUUCUUGGGAAUACGUAUACUGUUCUCCUGAUACUUUGGGAAACCUGUACAUCGCAGCUUUGAAAAUGGAAAACAAAGAAGCUGCUCCAGCGGGGACAAUCAAGCAAAAGUUGACAUUUGCAAGGUAUACCACCCUCGGAAGAAAAAAGGAGAUAAUCUUUGAGGGGGAGAUCAGGGAGACCAGUUUGGGUGUCAGUGUUGCUGCUAAGCAGGUAGCAUUGAGUCUUAGAGAUAAAAUUAUGAGAUUUGUGUAAUGAUUAAGAGGGAGGACCAAAGCGGAAGUUAAUGGGAAGAGAACUUUUGCAAGCCAAUCUGCAGAUAUUGUUAGAGAGAGAGAGACCCUCUUAUCAUUACCGUCCUAAACUAGUUUUAUACCAAAAACUAGUUUAGUAGAAAGCAGUUUAAUGUGUAAUAAGAAUGCUUGAAGCAGUCUUGGAAGUGAUCUUCCAGACCAGUUCGGAAAACCACCUCGCGACGUAGUUAUCAAGGUUGCUUUGCCUCAUUAAACUGGCAUAAGCCUUAAUGGGGACAUAAACGUUUUUCAAGAAGCGAUCUUCGCACGUUUUGAGCGCGCUACUCCAUAGUCUGUGUGUAGAAUGUCUGCGUUGCAGUUUCAAAUUUUGUGCAAAAUAUGUCACCCCACUGAGAGCGUUCCGUAGCAGCAUGACCGCUUUACGUGAAGUGCUUUUGAAAACUACUUUUUGAUGAUCAAAUUGGAAUGCCAGCAAAGGGAUCUUCCAAACUGUUUUCCUGAACCACUUUCAAAUAAACGUGUUAUGUAGUAUGUUUUUAACUUCCUGUUAUCCUUUCAGUCAUUCACCUUCACUUGUUAACAAACUCCCCCGAUGUCGUCUAAGAAUUCCCAAACCCCCAAUACCAUUUAACUCCUAAACCCCGACCAUAAAAGACCAACCCUAAGUGACGUCAGCUAACUUCAAGGAACAAAAGUUCUAAGAAGUAUGACUCACACUUCCAGCCCCAGUCACUUGCACAGAGCAUCACCACACCCCUUAUAACAGAGAAAGUUUGAUAGACAGUUACCUGUAGACCAAUCAGAGCAAGUUUAGAUCCCUCCCACCUUAAAUUGUUACACCCCCAAAACUAAUGAUAUAAAUAAGACUUCUUUAUUAUUAGAGAGAUAAAACUAGACCCACACUCAUCCAUAUAGACUGACUGACUUCAAGACUUAAACGUCCAUCCAAUAUUAUUUUAACUUCAGAAUCUUAACCUUAUACUUCGAAAUUAUUUUAUUCAUCGUCUCCUGUUUUAUCUGAAUCUUCAUAGAUAUCUUCAUGUACUUCGAAUUGUAAACUAGCUGAUUAUUGAUUAUUAAAUAGCCUAACCUGUGAUUUUGAACUGCAAAUAACUCUCUUCAGAGUUCAUCAUUUAUGUUCACUUAAGCUUCCCUUUAUAUAUUACCGAUCCCAAACAUGACAGUAGACUGAGAAUGGGGUCAGAGAGCACUUAAAUGCCAUUUUUCAUUUUUUUUCUUCAAAUGUUUCUUUUGACAUUACGUUUUAUUCUGUGCAUAGGAAAUUGUAUAGAAAUUAUAAACUUGAUAAGAAAGUGAUAAUAUACAUGUAGGCAUUGAUUAAAUCGCUAUCUAGUAAACAUUCCAAGUAUUUUUUUUGUUUUGCCCUUUUCCUCCUUUCUCUUCUUCUAUCUUUCUUCUCUUCACCUUGUAAUACAGUGCGUAUAAAAAAAAAGUUUACACUUAGAAAUAAUCCUGUAAAACUAUAAAUUUGUAAAAUCCUGGAGUUUUUUCCAUAUUUAAACAUAAAUACAGAUCUCUUUAAGCAAAUGACGAUAUAACUGUCGAAAAAUCUUUCCGCUUGAGUGAGCACCACUUACUUUUGAAAAGUUCGUGAAAAAUGAUUUGCGCAGAACUUGGAAAUAGUUAUAUGAAUAAAAGUAGGUGUAUAUUAUGAAGAACACAUGAACUUUAGCUAGGAAGAUUGAUAUCUUUUACCUUUUUAACUUUAUAUUUCC